AUGGAUCUCUUUGACGGAUUGAGUGAAGAGGAAGAGGUUGUAGCCAUCCUGUCGUCUGUAGCGCUGUCUGCGCUGACGAGAGGGAUACCGACUGGAAAAAAGCGGCGAUGGUGGGUGCGCCCGUGUUUGCGCUCUCGCGAAGUCGCCGGCCACGCGAGCCGCCUCCUUCCUGAGCUUCGAGCGCGCGAUCUGGAUUACUACAGAGACUUCAUCAGAAUGCCGCCGCGGACCUUCGACACUCUGCUAGAGCUGUUGGCUGACAGGAUCAGCAAGAAGAACACCCGCUACAGGAAGGCAAUUGACCCCUCUGCUCGUCUGGCCAUGACGUUGAGGUUUCUAGCAGCAGGCCAUUCGUUGAGGACCCUGUCCUACGACUUCCUGGUUGGAAGGUCCACUGCUUGCUCCGUGGUCUCCGACGUCUGCGCAGCUUUGUGGGACAUCUUGAGGCCCCUCUAUCUGAUCUGCCCGCAGACCGCCGACGAAUGGCUUAGGGUUGCAGCUGAGUUCGAGGAGAGGUGGAACUUCCCUCAUUGCCUCGGGGCCAUCGAUGGGAAGCACGUUUCCAUAGAGUGUCCCAAUAACUCUGGGAGCCUUGACAGGAACUAUAAAGGUGGCUUCAGCAAGUCACUGCUCGCUGUCAGUGACGCGCGGUAUAGGUAA